UCUCCUUUGAAAUUUCAACUACUUUUCUCUCUCUCUCUCUCUCUCUCUGUCUCAGCCCAUCCUUCGCUGCUAAUUAAGCCGCCCCUUUCUCUCUCCAGCAGCCAAUAUAUAUUCCAAUUUACAACAUACAACACACAGAAGCAUAGCAUAGAGCACACGCCAUCCCCCAUAAUCAUCAACAUCCACAAAUCAGAGUAACAAACAAACAGGUACAACCGCCCUCCAUGAAAAUGCCUUCCUCUCAUCCAAAUUCCUCCCUUCUACUACAGCGAAUCAACCAAACACCUUCCACCACCGCCGUCACGGCGUGUAAACAGGCAUACCGUCAUCCCACCGCCGCCCACGUCCCCGACCACGUAGCACGUUACCACACCCACGCCGUGGGCCCCAACCAGUGCUGCUCCGCUGUUACCAAACACAUCUCCGCCCCCGUCUCCACUGUAUGGUCAGUCGUUCGCCGCUUCGACAACCCACAAGCCUACAAACACUUCGUCAAGAGCUGCCACGUGGUCCUCGGGAACGGCGAUGUCGGCACCCUUAGAGAAGUCCGCGUCAUCUCCGGGCUGCCCGCUGCCAGCAGCACGGAACGCCUGGAGAUCCUGGACGAUGAGCGGCACGUCAUCAGCUUCAGUGUUGUCGGAGGAGACCACCGAUUAGCCAACUACAGAUCCGUCACCACCCUGCACGCGGCUGUCAACGGCGGGACGGGUGGGGUGGAGUCGUACGUUGUUGACGUGCCACAAGGUAACACUAAGGAAGAGACAUGUGUUUUUGUGGACACCAUUGUGAAAUGUAAUCUUGAGUCUUUAGGGCAGAUCGCAGAGAAUUUAGGCAGACGAAACCCUUCUUCUCCAUAAGAAAUGAUGAUAGGCAUGCAGUGCAGAGAAAAUUACAACUCCAUAUCAGAGAAAUCUAGCUAGGACUGAUAAAAUUGUUUGUCUGCGAUGACAUGAUCUGAAUCGUCGGCCAGAAAUGUUUUAUCUUUUAUUUAUAAAUAUUUGUGGAAGAAGGCAGGUACAUGCAAGUUUUUGUGUUGUUAGUGAAUUGUCAUGGUUUGGCGAAAGGAAUCUCCCGGCCGGAAUGGGGAUGAUGAGGUGGUGCAAACCCAUUCCAGCUAAUAAUUAAGCUUAAAAUGCAUUAGGAUGGAUGUGGGCAUCAUCCUAAUUAAUUCUUAA